GUAAAAACGUAUGUAUUCAUGGGGCUGAAAAUUGUGUGCAGGUCUACCACAGGAGAAGUACAGCAAGUAACUGGUUAUUACAGCAUCCAUCUGUGGUUAGGCAUUCUUCAUUUCCACAAGUCAGAAGGUCGAUAAACAUGGAAACUUCCUCUUCUGGAUUUGUUACAUCACCAAUUUCUCAUCACCCAGAUAGAAGAGAGCAAUAUCAUGGUCGUGAGCUGGAAACACAAAUAUCAAUAAGGCCUGAUGCUCAGAAGACACACGUGGACUUUUCAGAGAUUCUUAAUGCAAUACAAGAAAUAGCUAAGGAUGUCAAUAUUAUCUUUGAUGAAUUAGAAGGAGUAACAAACUCUUCCAAAGAUGAUGAGUCUUUGCUUCACCAUGGUAACUUGACUAGUACUUCAGAUGAUACUAGCAGAUUGGAAUCAAUUGAAGAGGAUAUUCCAGGAAAAAAUAAAUCCAGUGGGUUAUACUUCAGGGAUGGAAAAUGUCGGAUUGACUAUAUCUUGGUGUACAGAAAAUCUAACUCACAAGCAGAGAAAAGGGAAGUAUUUGAAAGAAAUAUCAGAGCAGAAGGACUUCAGAUGGAGAAAGAGUCAUCUUCAUCAAACAGUGAUAUCAUCUUUGUGAAGUUGCAUGCCCCUUGGGAAGUACUGGGAAAAUUUGCAGAACUUAUGAAUGUAAGAAUGCCUUUCAGGAGAAAAAUCUAUUACCUGCAUCGCCGCUACAAGAUCCUGAACAGAAUUGAGAAGCAAUUAAGCAGGUUUCGAGGAUGGUUACCUAGAAAGCCAAUGAGUCUGGACAAGGAAAGGCUGCCAGAUUUGGAAGAAAAUGACUGCUACACUGCUCCAUUCAGUCAACAAAGGAUUCAUCACUUUAUCAUUCACAAUAAAGACACUUUUUUUAACAACGCUACAAGAAGUAGAAUUGUUCAUCAUAUUUUACAAAGGGUGAAAUAUGAAGAAGGAAAAAAUAAAAUUGGUCUCAAUCGGUUGCUUACUAAUGGCUCCUAUGAAGCUGCAUUUCCUCUUCAUGAGGGUAGUUACAAAAGUAAAAAUUCCAUAAGAACUCAUGGGGCAGAAAACCACAGGCAUCUGCUUUAUGAGUGCUGGGCCUCGUGGGGAGCUUGGUAUAAAUACCAACCUUUGGAUCUUAUACGGCGGUAUUUUGGUGAGAAAAUUGGUCUGUAUUUCGCCUGGUUAGGCUGGUAUACAGGAAUGCUCUUUCCAGCUGCCUUCAUUGGACUGUUUGUCUUUUUAUACGGAGUAGCCACACUGAACUACUGCCAAGUCAGUAAAGAAAUCUGCCAGGCUACAGAGAUUAUUAUGUGUCCGAUUUGUGAUAAAUACUGUCCCUUCAUGAGGUUGUCAGAUAGCUGCAUGUAUGCCAAGGUAACACAUCUUUUUGACAAUGGAGCAACUGUUUUUUUUGCUGUUUUCAUGGCAGUGUGGGCCACUGUUUUUUUGGAAUUUUGGAAAAGAAGACGAGCAGUAAUUGCUUAUGACUGGGAUUUGAUUGACUGGGAAGAAGAGGAGGAAGAAAUACGCCCCCAGUUUGAAGCCAAGUACUCCAAGAAAGAGAGAAUGAAUCCUAUAUCUGGAAAACCUGAGCCUUAUCAAGCAUUUGCAGAUAAAUGCAGCAGAAUUAUUGUUUCUGCAUCUGGAAUAUUUUUUAUGAUCUGUGUGGUGAUCGCCGCUGUUUUUGGCAUUGUUAUUUAUCGUGUUGUGACUGUCAGCACUUUUGCUGCCUUUAAAUGGGCUUUAAUCAAGAAUAACUCUCAGGUUGCAACAACUGGGACUGCAGUGUGCAUCAAUUUUUGCAUCAUCAUGCUGCUGAAUUUUUUGCAUGAAAAGGUUGCCCUUUUUCUGACAAAUUUAGAGCAGCCUCGUACUGAAUCUGAGUGGGAAAACAGCUUCACUUUGAAAAUGUUUCUUUUUCAGUUUGUCAAUCUGAACAGUUCUACCUUUUAUAUAGCAUUUUUCCUUGGAAGGUUUACAGGUCACCCUGGUGCCUACCUCAGGCUCAUAAACAGAUGGAGACUAGAAGAAUGCCACCCUAGUGGAUGCCUUAUUGAUCUCUGUAUGCAGUUGGGUAUUAUAAUGGUGCUAAAGCAGACUUGGAACAACUUCAUGGAAUUAGGCUACCCGAUAAUUCAGAACUGGUGGACCAGACGAAGACUGCGGCAAGAGCACGGCUCACAGCAAAAAGCAGCUUUACCACAAUGGGAGAAGGACUACAACCUGCUGCCUUUGAAUGCCUACGGACUCUUUGAUGAAUACCUCGAAAUGAUCCUUCAGUUUGGAUUCACAACUAUAUUUGUGGCAGCUUUUCCACUUGCCCCAUUUCUGGCUUUACUGAACAAUAUCAUUGAAAUACGCCUUGAUGCGUACAAAUUUGUCACCCAGUGGAGACGGCCAUUAGCUUCCAGAGCAAAAGAUAUUGGAAUCUGGUAUGGAAUUCUUGAAGGCAUUGGAAUUCUUUCUGUCAUCACAAAUGCAUUUGUUAUUGCUGUGACUUCAGAUUUCAUCCCACGGCUUGUUUAUGCUUACAAAUAUGGACCAUGUGCAGGUCAAGGCGAGGCUGGACAAAAGUGUAUGGUUGGCUAUGUUAAUGCAAGUUUAUCACUAUUUCUCGUGUCUGAUUUUGAAUAUCGUUCAGAACCCUCAUCAAAUGGAAGUGAGUUUGCUGAUGCACCAUUAAAAUAUUGCAGGUACAGAGACUAUCGUGAUCCUCCUCAUUCUCCAGUGCCCUAUGGUUACACACUACAAUUCUGGCAUGUCUUAGCUGCACGGUUGGCUUUUAUUAUUGUUUUUGAGCACCUUGUGUUUUGCAUAAAACACUUGAUUUCCUAUUUAAUCCCAGACCUUCCCAAAGAUCUGAGGGAUCGUAUGAGAAGAGAAAAAUAUCUGAUUCAGGAAAUGAUGUAUGAAGCCGAACUUGAACGUCUCCAGAAAGAACAGAAGGAGAGGAAGAAAAAUGGAAAAUCUUACCACAAGGAAUGGCCAUAACUAAUUGAAUCUAUAAGAACCCUGUCUUCAAGAAAAUGGAGAUGAUGCAACAUCAAUACAUGGGCAAUUUUAAC